CUCAGUCAUUGAGUGACAUUCCAUUUCGCUCACAAUACCAGCUGAAAUGUGCACACCUGCAGACAACCGAAUUAUAUUGGGUGAUGACUAUCGGGGCUUCGAUGUCAGACAAUUUUGCCUACCUCCGCGAUAUGCGAAUUACGUUGAGAGUGUUCUCAUACCCAACGGAAUGUUGAAAGAUCGCAUCGAGAAAUUAGCUUUGGAUAUUGUAACCAGUUUUGAAAAUGACAACGCUCGCUCUCUCACCCUAUUGUGUGUUCUGAAGGGAGGCUUCAAAUUCCUUGCUGAUCUAGUCGAUGGAUUGGAGUUGACUAUUCGAGCCAGAGAAACGAGUAUUACAAUGUCUAUGGAUUUCGUACGGAUUAAAAGUUAUGUGAAUGACAAAUCCCACCACGAACCUAUUCUUACUGGCUUGGAUGAUCCGAAAACCCUCAAGGGAAAGGUAUUUUACCUCAUUUUGUAUAUAUAUUUUGUUCAGGAUAUUCUGGUUGUCGAAGAUAUCAUCGAUACGGGCAACACAAUGAAAGUUCUUCUCAGCUACCUAGAGACCCUUUCGCCACGUUCUGUGCGCGUUGCUAGCCUGCUUGUCAAAAGAACGCCACUCAGUUCGGGAUACACGCCUGACUUUGCCGGCUUUGAAAUUCCUGACCGCUUCGUUGUGGGUUACGCAUUCGACUACAACGACCAUUUUCGUGAUAUGCAUAUUCAGAAUCUAGACCGUGAUGACUCACUUGCUUGCGAUGGUUUUAGUGCAUCUUUGCUCUCUCUCUCGUUGGUUUUCAACUUUUCUAGCGUUCAUAUUGCCCAAUGUUCAUUUUGA